UCGGGUGUCAGAAAAGGCAAAUCGGAGACGAUGAGCGAAACCGAAGCAACCGGCGUUACCAAAGAUUCGGCUCCAGCGAUCGCGAAUGAAACUGUUUCUGCUGCGAUUGAGCAUAAAGCGAUCGGAGUUGUUGAUUCGGUGGGGGAAGCCAUGGGAGAAGCGGAGAAAUGGGUGGGUGAUCUCCAACAUACGGUGAAGGAAUCGACGGAUUCCGCCAUGCGCUCUGCUCGUUCCUUCCGUGAAAACUCGACCUCUCAUUUCCGCUCUAUACAGGAUUUCAUUCCACAUGCUUUGACUCAAUAUAAGACCUAUGAGAAUGCUUUCUUCAGCAAAGUAACAGAAGAAUUGACAUACGCAAAAGAGCAUCCAGCUGCUGCUGUUGGGAUUGGUGUCGCUGCUGGUCUUCUUCUGAUGCGAGGCCCAAGAAGAUUCUUCUUUCGUCAAACACUAGUCUGCAGACUUAAUGAAAAAGGAGAGCAAGAAAUUGCUUGA